GAUUUGAUUACAGCUCGACUACGCAAGACUAAAAAAAAGAACCCGAUCUACCAUAUCGCAAGUUAAUACUGUGUGCAAGAUGGCCUCCUCAAAGGCGGUUACUCGGGCAGACUCUGCCGCUCCUCUGGUAGAUCCCAAUCAGAUCCUCAAGGCUUCCAAGGCGCUGCUGGCGCAUAUGAAGAAGGCCUCGAAAGAGAAGGCUGCCAAUUCCGAGAAGAGGGAUCUCCUAGCGGGGUCUGACGAUGAGGAUGGUAGCAACGAGAUUCCUAUCAUCCUUACUGUCACCACCAAACGACACAUCGCCGAUUCUCGAAGCCUCAAGCCUCGCAAGAUUCCGCUCCCUCACCCUCUGAACACCGACCCCGAGAUGCGAAUCUGUUUGAUAACCGCCGACCCCCAGCGUGCGUACAAAAACCUCGUCGCCUCUACCGAGUUUCCUGCCGAAUGGCGCAAGCGCAUCACGAGGGUUAUCGACGUUUCCAAGCUCAAGGCCAAGUUCAAGAUCUUCGAGGCUCAGCGGAAACUGUACUCGGAACACGAUAUCUUCCUCGGCGACACCAGAAUAAUCAACAGGCUGCCUGGGAUCUUAGGGAAGACGUUCCACCGGAGCACCGCCAAGCGGCCGAUCCCGGUCGAGAUCCAAGCUCGCAUACCGAAGAGCGAGGGGAAGAGAGUCAAGCGUGUCAAGGACGCCGACACCGUCAAUGCCUGCACACCGGUGCAAUUGGCCUCUGAGAUCGAGAGGGCAGUCGGCGCUGCGCUGGUCCACCUCUCGCCUACGGUGAACACGGCCGUCCGCGUCGGCCAUGCUGGCUGGUCCGCCGAGAAUAUCGCCGAGAACGUCGAGGUCGUGGCUAGAGACCUGAUCGACAAGUUUAUCCCGGGGAAGUGGAAGAACAUCAAGAGCAUCUACCUUAAGGGGCCCAAAACGGCGGCCCUGCCGAUCUGGCUUACCGACGAGCUCUGGCUCGACCAGAAGGACAUCGUGCCCGACAGUUCCCUCGAGGCUGGGGCCACCCUCCCCGUCGAGAAGGCAAACGUCGGGAAGAAGCGCAAGUCCCUCGAGGGACGACAGGCCGAAGAGGCCGCGCCCCCAGCGAAGAAGGCCAAGAAGGCGAAGAAGGCUAAGCCCGCAACGCUCCCCGAGAGCGACGACGCCUUGCUCGAGAAGGAGGUCGCGGCCCGGAAGGCAGCGUUGCAGAAGCAGAAGAAGGCGGCGAAGAAGGCGCUGGAAGUCUAGGGGGUCUCAAUGUAGAUGAACUGUGUAUAGGCAUAAAAGAAAAAGCAUGCGGGUUCAUUCAGAUUCACCUCGCAUAGGUAGAACAAUUUUUAUCACGGCGUACGGCAAGAACAAGGAUCGACUUUAAAAAGAGGUA